AUGGGGGAAGCUCCGGAAGUGCAAAUGCAAAUUGUGGUGCAGGAAACUAAAGAAACAUCCUCAAGUUCUGCUAUUAGGAACGCCAACCACCAUGCCUCUACAGUUCCUCAAGUACAGAGGUGGCUUAAAAUUGCGUUCUACUCGAUAUUCGUCCUUGCUGGCCAGUCUGUAGCCACACUCUUGGGGAGAUUGUACUUCGAGCAAGGGGGCAGCAUGUUAUUUGCGGUAGGACUCCAAUAUCUCCCUGCCUCCACAUUUUCCCUCAUCAGUGCAAGCCAAUUGGGAUUCAAUGCCCUCUUCUCCUUCUUCCUCAAUUCCCAGAAGCUCACUCCUUUCAUAAUCAACUCUCUGGUCGUCCUCACCAUCUCCUCCACUCUCCUUGUGUUCAACACUAGCUCUUCAGGUGGCGCCACUCAAGUCUCCAAGCGGAAGUACACCAUAGGUUUCUUGUGCACUCUUGCAGCUUCUGCAGGGUACUCCUUGAUGCUCUCUUUGUCACAGCUCUUCUGCAGGAAGAUUCUCAGGAAAUCAACAUUUGAUGCGAUAAUAAGGAUGAUAAUCUACCAGAUGCUGGUGGCCACCUUUGCAAUUGUGGUGGGGCUUUUUGCGAGUGGAGAGUGGAAAGGACUGAGGAAGGAGAUGGACGAGUAUGCACUUGGAAAGGUGUCAUAUGUCAUGACUCUGGUUUGGACAGCUAUUUGCUGGCAAGUCUUCUCAAUUGGCGCAGUGGGCUUGAUUUUCAACGUGUCCUCUCUCUUCUGUAACGUGAUUAGUACUUUGACCCUGCCCAUUGUCCCUGUCUUUGCUGUUAUCUUCUUCCAUGACAAGAUGGAUGGAGUGAAGGUGAUCUCCCUGCUUCUGGCAGUUUGGGGCUUUGUUUCAUACAUCUAUCAGCACUACCUAGAGGAUUUUAAGAGCAAGGUUGAAACUAGACCUGAACCUCCUGAGGUUUCAUCCAUUGAAAGUAGCUAG